AUGGUGGCCAUCACCCCUGCUGGAAGGCCCUGUAAAUGGGCUCCACCUGCAGGGGGCCCCGGGGGACCAGGGGGCCCGGGCGCCCGGCAGAAGCGCGGCACCCCCGCGGGUGGGACUGGCCCGUGGCGCGGUCCCGGCCGCUGCCGCCAGCCUGGGUCGGGUCGCGAGUCCCCGGCGGCCGGGGCGGGGCGGGCGGCGUCCUGCUCUUCCUGCCGCGCUCGGAUCCCCCUCUGUCGACACUUGCGCGGGGCCCUGGCGUCGGCGUCGGCGUGGCGACUGUGCUUGCCUCGGGCGUGGCUCUGCAGGAGGGCCGGGCAGGGCUGCGGCAGGCACUACCGCGCCGCGCUGGGCGCCGAGUUGAAGCAGCCCCUGGCCUUUGAGGAGGCGGUCCCCCGCCAUCUCCGGCCCCGCGAGGUCAGAGUUGAUGUCCAUUUCUGUGGGGUUAACUUUGCUGAUAUUUUGGCCUGUCGUGAUCAGUAUCAGGAAAGGCCCCAACUUCCCUUCACACCCGGAAUGGAGUUUUCUGGGACAGUAUUGGAGACAGUCACAGAUGUCAGCACGGUGAAAGAGGCACUGUGGCAAAUUCCAGAAAGGGUCCCCCUCCGAGAAGCUGCUGCCCUGCCGGUAUCUUAUGGCACUGCUACUUUGGCCUUGGAGCGUCAGGCCCAUACCCAGCCUGGAGAAGCUGUUUUAGUGACAGCAGCAUCUGGAGCCACAGGCCGGGCCGUGAUUGAUGUGGCAGCAAGUGUUCUUCAAGGUCACUUCAAGGUCAAGGUAUUUGCAUCUGCAGGAGCUAUUGAGGAUUUUCCGUGCAAGCUGGCGAUGCAGAGGGGUGCACAGUCCAUCGUGAGCUACAGUCAGGGCAGCCUGAAGGAAGCAGUGGGGAAGCUGGUGGGCAGUGGCGGGGUGAACGUGGUCAUUGAUACCGUGGAAGGAGAUAUCUUCCUGGAGGCUCUCCGCAGCCUGGCAUGGGAGGGCAGGAUUGUGGUGGUGGGUGUUGCUGGAGGAACCAUUGCUUCUGUGCCGGCCAGUCUUCUGCUCCUGAAGAAUAUCUCUGCCAUGGGGCUGUACUGGGGCCGAUACCAGGACCAGAACUUUCCCCUCUUCUUCAGAGGCCUGUCCUCAGCAAUUCAGUACUGCCAGGAAGGGUGCAUCCAGCCAUACAUUGGAGCGGUUUUUAAGCUGGAGGAAGUGAGACGCUCUUAA